AUGGCAGCCAACACCAUCGUCUUGAUCACAGGCGCAAACACCGGCCUAGGUCUUGAGACCGUCAAGUCUUUACUCCAAUCUUCCAAGACAUACACAAUCCUCCUAGGCGGGCGGAGUUUCGAGAAGGCCACCACUGCAGCGAAGCAGGUCAAGGAGGAGUUUCCCAAAAGCCAGAGCACGGUGACACCAGUGCAGAUCGACAUCGACGAUGACCAAUCUAUCAAGAAGUUAUCAGAGACUCUGGAGAAGGACUAUGGAAGGUUGGAUGUGCUGGUGAACAAUGCCGGUAGCCAAUUCGACCUGAAGCUUUCCACUGGCGAACUCACCAUGCGCGAGAUGUGGAACAAGUCCUGGGAAGUCAACGUGACAGGCACGUACAUCCUCACAUAUACUCUCGUCCCUCUCUUGUUGAAAUCUUCCGACCCUCGACUGCUCUUUAUCACAAGUGGUACUUCCACUCUCGCCGAGCACACGAAUCAGGCGAUGCCUAUCAACCGAUCGCCUACAGACAAAGGUUGGCCGAAAGCCAGCGGCGGCUUCGGAGCGCUAGGAAUUCCGGCGUACAGGGCGAGUAAGACCGGAUUGAAUAUGAUGAUGCGCGAAUGGGCCAGGGUGCUGAAGGAGGACAAUGUCAAGGUGUGGUGUGUGAGCCCGGGCAUGUUGGCGACGGGGCUCGGUUUCGGCGAUCCAGAGCGGUUGAAGCAGAUGGGAGCCUUGGAUCCGAGCGUCGGAGCAGGCGUGGUGAGGGAUGUGGUCGAAGGGAAGAGGGACAAAGAUGUCGGCUGUGUGGUGAGGAAAGACGGGAUCCAGCCUUGGUAA